CGGUUUAUGGGCUUAAUGACUUUUGUAAACAUCCAGUCAGGCAUCAAGGAAGGUGAACCACCGGUUCUGUCAACGAGGGAACCGAAGUUCCUCAGAAAAGACUGCAGCUUACAGACUCUUUAUCGAAAGAAUCCACGUACUGGGUCUGUUUUAGUGUGAAACUGACCGCGCGCACCGAGGCACAGUGCGCACAUUUGACGACUGAACUACUGCUUAGAAAAUGAUUGUUCUUCAGAAAGGUUUGCUCACAUUAACUCCAAUACGGCCAUGGAUGGUGUGCCUCACUGCAGCAAGACUCUGCAGUCAGAAGUCCAAGCCCAAAGUGGCAUCCAAGCUGCCCUACCGUGUGAAGCUGACAGGGGGCAAGCGCCACUCCUGGUGUUCGUGUGGCCACAGCAAGAAGCAGCCAUUCUGCGACGGCGCCCACAAGAAGUUUGCCCCCGACCUCCCUCCCCUGCGCUUCGUCCCGGAGAAGGACACGACCGCCAUGCUGUGUGGUUGCAAGCAGACGGGCAGCCCCCCCUACUGCGACGGCACCCACUUCAAAGUCAUCUUCCGCUCCAUCAGAGACUAUGUCCUGCCACGAAAGUCUUCCUGAAAGUAAAUGCCUUCUAGUUUAGCAAAGGAACAUGUUUGUUAUUAUACACACAGUGUAUCAUUCUUAUAUCAUACAUUUAUUGACUAUAAAUUGUGCAAAUUGAUCAUAUUUCAGUGGAUAGAAUAGAUAUUUAUAUUAUGACGAGUGCAGCUCUAGACCAUCGCCUUUUGUUUGUGGAAGCACCUUGUUGUCGUACACCACCAAAGACUUGGAUAUGUGUUGUUGAUAAUGAUAAACGAACGUAAUUGAAAAAUUUCAUCAAACUUACAUUAAACUCUAACGGUAAAUCAGCAAAAUAAUUGUCAUCGGAACUUGUUGGGACGGUGCAGUUGAACUGGGCGUUGAGAUCAUGUCGCAGCACUCUAUAGGCCCUCUAGCUAGCUCCUCUGCCCCAAAGGCAAUUGAGCGGGCCGUUGAGAGCCCGUUGGUGUGCUGCAGAGGUAUGGCCUGGAGUCACGUUUCAUUCCCCACACGCACAAGAGGCCUCCCAGGGCGCCGCCGCAAACUGAUCUGUGGUCAGUAGAUCCCUUUGGGUCUGGAUAAUGGAUCCGUGUUAAGCACAUGAAUACUAGGAACGUGUCUACAGGUUGCCUGAACAGUCCUAACGCGGUGAUUUACCUUUCCAGUCAGAGACGGGCAGUCGACUGUGACCCACGCACAUGCCUGCAUUCCUUCAGCAAAAGGAAAAAAAAAAAAAAACCACGAGGAAGAAGCAAAAUU